AGAUGUGGGUGUGAGUGCUACAAAACCACCGAACCGUCAGUUCAGAUUUAACGACACGGAGGAGACGAAGAAGGUCUGAUUAUGGUAGAAUAAACAAAGAAAGGAGACCAUCACAUGUUAAAAUCUGAGGAGGGGGACCAGCAGUCCAAGAUGUCAAAGGACUUAAAAAGGUGAGAACUUACUAUUUUUCUUGUUUUUUUCCCCUUUUUCACUUGUUAAUGUUGUUGUAUUUGAAUGUUUUAAGCUGAGUAAGGAAUAUGCAGAUGCUACUUUCUCAUUGACAACCAGAAGCAAACUUUGUCAUAAACCUGUAAUAUAUUUAUUUUUUACUUACGUGAUGCGGUCCUGAUGCAGCAACUUCAUCACUUUUCUGUGUUUAAUUGACUGUAAGAUGAAAUGUGAAGAAAACAGUUUGAAACAUCUAUUAAGCUUUUGCAAACAAAAAAAAAACCUGAGCAUAUGCUGAGGAGGUUACAGUUUACCAAAAAACAUAAAGACUGGCCUGAAGAGUAUAGGUCUUUGCGGGGGCUUCUCCCCAAUAGCUUGGCUUCAUUUAGGCAUUCUUCAGUUGUUACACUACUCACAGGUAAUGUUAGACCUUACUGUACUAUGCCUUCUAGUAUAUUAUUUCCUGUAACAAUACAGGGAUUAAUCUGGUUAGUGAAACCUAACUUUCAGUCAACCUACUAGAUGCAGGUCUUUAACCUCCUUGCAUACAGCUACAGUGUGCCUUGUUAGAGCCUGUGAAAAUGAUAUGUAACAAUGACCUAAAAUGUACCAAAAUUUUUUUUUUUAAAUCCUGAAAAAUUGUAAUUGGUCAAUAAUGUAACAAGAUGCUGAGCGCAAAACAAAACUUUUUGACAAAAUGUAGCAACUUGUUACUUUUUGGGUAAGUCAUUACAUUGUUUAUAUUACAUUUUAGGUUUUGUUACAUUUUUUUAAAGACUUAGUCCAAUCAAAAUCAUGUUUUCUUUGUUGUCUACAUGUUCAUUUGGCCUUUUUCUGAUGCUACAGGACGAGUCAUGAAAAAAGUACUUGUGAAAUUUCAUUUCUGAGUAUUUCUGCAUUCAAAUUGCUGUGAAUCUCAGGCAGACCCAAACGGCAGGUUCAGAUACAGUGAGAUUUCCUACGUAGCAAAUCCAAGCUCCGCCCCUGGGGCCCCACUAUGCAGGCCAGACUCAAAAAAGUAGAGAGGACGAUCAUGGAACUAGUGUGUGCCUUAGCGUAUUGCAAUGCUCGUAAGAAAGCUAAUUAUAAUAUUACCUAUCAUUAUGCCCCAAAAGACAUUAGUGUCCAAGAGCUUAAGAGCUCGUAUAACGCCCGGCACUUCUACUACACUGGCAAGUUGGGCUGCAAGCUAGCGCUAAGACGAGUGUGCAGAGCAGCACUGUCUUUGCCCACGACUCAGAGGCGAAUUGUUAAUUAGCUACUAGAACUCUUUGGAAGAAAAGCCCUUGAAAUGACACAGGUAAUGUAAUUUUGGCUAAAAACUUCAUAAUUAUAAGACCAUCGAGAAUACUGUAACGGCGUCAGUUAAAAUUGCUGCAGUAUCUCCCUCGGUCUGUGUGUGUGGGCUGUGGGCAGCUAGAGAGAGAGGGAGGGGGGCAGUUUUCCGGGGUAUUGGGAAGUGAUCCGGAAGUUGUAGGCAGUUUUGUAGUGUUGGUGGUUUUUGAAUGAAAUGCCUGUGAACGUGCGAGACUGAAUGAAAGAAACGCCAGAAGACCAGUCCUGUGUCGGACCUGUUUUUGAGAAGCGUUACAAUACUUUGAGUCAUUAAAAAAAAAAAAAACAAGCGGAGUGGGACUUUAAUUACAUGUCAGACUUAACACUUUUGUUACAUAAUUGACCAAUUAUUACAUUCUGGGCUUUAUAUAUUAAUUUUUUAAUAAUAUUUUGGGUUAUAGUUAUAUAUCUGGCUCUUACAUGCCCGCCUGUCAGUAAAGUCAGUUGUCCUUCUAAUUUAUCAAUCAUGGCACUCCUCGCAUAGUGGAUGCUAUAAGGGCCCUGAGCUGGUCAGACCCGAAUCAUUUUCUGAACCAGGCUGUAUAUGUGUUCACUAUUUCCUCUAAAAAUGGGCUUUUUUGUCUCAGUUCGAACAUGGAACCAGCCUCAGGUGGGUACUCAAGGAACUGAAACACAGCAAUAAGUGGCCAUAGUGUGGAUGUGAGUGGUAGUAGAUUGCUGUUGAUCACCUAGUUAUCUGUUUGAUUUUCAGCUGACCCAAAAUGAGACAUUCAACCACCCAACCAACCGCUUAAAUGGAAAAGUGGACCGAAGAAGAAGUCCAUCAGUGGCUGACGGCAAAGGUCAAAGUACAUGAGACUUGUGCAGACAAGUUCAUUAAAGACGAAGUGUCUGGGGACUCUUUAGCAGCCUUUACAAAGACAGAUAUACUGGACUUGGGAAUAAAACAUGGUCCUGCUGUCAAAAUCAAAUCCUAUCUUGAAAGCAUCAAGGAUGGAUCACAACAUAUGUGGAAAACUGGACAAAGGAACAAGUGAGGCAGUGGUUACUGCAGCAUGUGAAGGUUUACAGCAAAUACGCAGAUCGGCUCCAUGAAGAAGAUGUGUCUGGGGACUGUCUUGUUUGCUUCAAAAAGCAGGAUUUAUUGGACCUGGAGGUCAAAAGUGGUCCUGCUGUUAAGAUUCUGGCAAAACUUAGAGAGUUGAAUAAACAACCAGAGCCAGUACUGCAACCUGACCCCCAUAACAGCUCUGAACAAAGAGAGGCUCCAGACCCCAGUCAGCUGGAUGCAAGUCUGUCUCAGACUCCAGCACCUAAACCAGCAGAAGCAACUGAAUUAAAACCAAAACAAAUGGUGACAGAUGAGUCUGAAAGAGUUCAACACCAGUCCAAGAAAGAUUUAGAGGAGACUCGUCUGCCAGAAGUACCAAAUCUGGAGACCCAGAGAAGAGAGGCUGUGGUGGUAAGUGUCUGUUCCUCUUCAGUGUUUCAGACAGGAAAAAGUGGAUUAAGGCUGGAAAUAAAGUCUUUUUAAAAAUGAUAGAUGACUGUUGUAAAUAUACUUAAACUUUAAACAAUGUGCCUAUCAUGGUCUUUAUGCAAAACUGACCUUACAUGUGUAUUGUAUUUGCAGACUCCAGGCCCAUCAGAUGAACCUAAUAUGACUGUGGUGAUCCUAAAUACUCUAGAAAACCUGCGCAAGGAAGACUUUAAAAAGUUUUGUUUCACCCUCAAAGACUACAAAGGAUCCAAGUAUAAACCAAUUCCUCAGAGUAAACUGGAAAACAGUGACCCCAUGGAUGUUGCUAAGUUAAUAACUGACUACUAUACAAGCAACGAGGCCCCACAAGUCACGAUAAAUAUUCUGAAAGAUAUCGGCCAAAGAGACCUUUCUCAUCAGCUGGAGAAGAACAUAGGUAAGACAACCAAUUUAAAAAAUCGAGCAGGUGUAGACGUCUCUGCUAGAGUCCUAGCUUUUCCUAAUCUUGCCCCUGCUGGGUUUCUGACUUUUGUGGUGAGAACGGAGAAGAUGGGUCGACUCAAAAAUUAGGCAAAAGUUCCAAACCUCAAACCAUGUGCAUUUGAUUACAGUGUAAAUAUCCUGCCUUGAAGUGGAUGUAUGUGAGGUGCAGCUGGCUAACAGUCAGGGAUUAGUGGUUUGUAAUCAGUCCCCUUUGCCUAUAGUGAAGCUGUAUUGAUUUGACUGAAACACUUCAUAUUAACAAAUCUGGUGCGUCAUUAACUUGUGAAUUUGUGUUCCUCUCAGGUGGAUACCAGCAGCUGGGUCUAUCCAAAGAGGCAGUGAAGAGAGAAGCUAACCAGGGUGAAAAACUAAAGGACUUGUUAACUUGUGGUGGGAACUCGCUGGACAACUACGACUUUUUUGUCAUUGUAGUAAACAAGAGCAACGAAGAACAAAUCCAGUAUCUAAAGUUUUUGUCCAAGCUGAAGCUUUUCUGUGUGUUAGACUUUGACCCAAACUCUAACAUUCAAGGAAGACUGUGUCACUCCUACAGAGACACGAGGUGGGCUAACCUUCAUACCCCCUCACAGUACCAAGGACAGACUGACUCAGUCAUAGAGGACCUUAACCUCUACAGGCAAACCAGCUGGGUCUUCUGCAACGGGAGACACGACCUUGAUGAUGACUCAAACAAGGAGUUGGAUUACAAGAACUGGUUUAGGAAAUCUUGCAGAGAUGUAGAGCAAAUGGUUUCAUUCAUUUGCAACCAUGAAGUUCUACGCCAUGGGAAAUGUCUCAUAAUAUUCCUCCUUCUUUCACCUGUAGAAUCUGAGAAAGACCCCAUUUUUUAUACCUACACAGCCUUCCUCAAACACAUUGGAGAUGACAUGAUCAUUCAUAUUUGUGAAUCUCAGAGCACCUAUGAAAAAUGGAGAAAAAUGAUACAAGAAAAGUGUGACUUUGACAUUGACCCACUAUCUAUAAACACGCUGAGCCUCAGUGAAGUGAACGGAACAAUCAUGGCCUUGGGACCAUCCAGUGAAUCGUCUGAAAGGCUUCUUCCAUCCUGUGACUCCAGUUUUGUUGUCCUGAAAAAGAAGGAUGAAGACUCACUGACAGCUCUGGACAUUCUCUGUCAGAAUCAGUGUGAAAACAUCUACAAAGACAACAGUCCAGAGUUUCAUGACAAAAAAAUCAAAUACGAGGAGGAAUUCUACAGAGGAGGCAAAGUCAAAUGGUGGAACUUCUUCUUCUGUGACAAAGACAAACAGAGUCCAUUUAUCAAGAGGGACAAGUAUGAAAAUGUGAAAAAGAUGAUCAUGUAUCACUUGAGAGAGUCUAAAAACCUGUGUGCUCUGCUCAGUCUGUUUCACCAUCCAGGCUGUGGUGCUACCACUUUGGCAAUGCAUGUCCUGUGGGAUCUGCGAAAGGAAGUGCGAUGUGCUGUGCUGAAAGACAAUGAACUGCCAAUGACAGAAGUUGCUGUCCAAGUUGUGAAACUCAUGAAACUUGAAAGUGAGAAACCAUGUCCAGUUCUGCUGCUGGUUGACGACUCAAAGGAAAUGGAGAAUCCAUCCGAACUUAAAAACUGCAUCUCUGACGCUGUAGCGACUCACUGUAACAUAAAUAUCAGCAACUCACAAAGUUGCAAGGUAAUCAUCCUGAACUGUGUUCGCUCCCACAACCCAAAGGAGCAAUACAGAUGUUACAGCCCAAGUCAAUACAUCACUGCUUCACUGACACCAGAGGAAAAGCAGGAGUUUGAGAAGAAACUCAAAGAGUUGAAAGAAACUCAUGAAAAACCUGAGAAUUUUUACAGUUUCAUGUUCAUGAAGAGCAAUUUUGACGAAAAGUACGUUGAGGAUCUUGCUCAUAACACCCCGGAGAACUUUAAUAACAGCUCAAAGGAGGCCCAGCUCUUUACUUUCAUAGCACUACUCAACACCUAUGAGGAAGAGUCUAAACUGGCAUGCUCCCUCUGUGAGGACUUUCUUGGGAUGAAAAAUUUUCGCUCACAUGGGGAAAGUGCCCUGGACCGAAUGGAGCCCUACUCAAAUCUUCUCAUCCUGGACAGUAUGGAAUCAUGGGGGGGAUACAAAGGGAUCCGAGUCCUUCAUCACUCCAUUGCAGCCGCAUGUCUGAUGGAGUUGGAGAAGAUGAUCUCUUUAAAAGUGAGUGAUAUCACUGAGGAGAUCCUCCAUUGUGAUCUCUUCUUCAGCCGUGGCGUUGUCAAGCAAAAACUAAUGGAUUCGCUUCAACAUAUGUUGAUUGUUAGACAACACAAAAAAGAUGGUGUUGAGAGAGAGCUGUUCUCCCCCCUCAUUGACAAAAUUCAUCGUGAGGAGGGGAGACAAACUGUUCAACGGAUCUUUGAGAAAGCAUCAUCCAGGUUUGAGAAAAGUGUGGCCAUUCCUCAAGCCCUGGCAAGAUAUUUGUGCAUCAGGGAGCAGGACUUCCCAGAGGCCCUGAAAUGGGCUGAAAAGGCAAGGAACAUCAAAGGAAUCUCAUACACAUUUGACACCAUUGGGCAGAUUCACAAAACCAACUUGAAGAGUAACAUCCAGAGAGAAAAGCAGGAGAUGUCAUGUGACCCAGAAGACUUGAGCACAAACAUCAAAAUGGCAAUGAAUGCCAUCACAGCUUUCAAAAAGGCUCAAGAGCUGGCAAAUGCAGAGGAUGAACCUGAAGAGGAACCUACUGAUGAUGAGUCAGAUGACUAUUCCAGACGGUCUUACAGUGUUAAAGGCUAUGUAGGCGUGCUGGAAAUAGCAUUCCUGGUCUUUGAGAUACUGAGCAGACUGCCAUUUUUUGAGAAAAGUGAUCCAAUGAGGAAGAAAUACUUGCAGAGUUUCCUCCGAAAAGAAAUGCCGAUCACCAGCGUGUACAAAGAGAACAAUGAGACAAACAACAGGUACGAGGAGAUCAUCAAAGGCCAUGAACAUUUCCUUCAAAGUCUGAGACCUGAGGCGAAGGACACAUUCGAUCUUCUUGACUGUUACUUCAAAUACAUAAAAUGGAACCUUGUAGAAUACCAGUCCAAGAAUCACAGGAUUGUCUGCGAUCUUUUUAAAGAGUAUGUCAGCCUCUUUUGCACUGAACCAGAGAUGAUCAAAAAAGAGCGGGAAAGCAAUCCCAAUCUUGAUUUGACAAUCAAUGUGGAGGAACGAAGGUUGUAUCUUGAGAAGAACCAAGCAGACACAUUUUCAGGAAUACUUCAGCGUUUGGACAAACCGGCCGAGGAGAUCGAGAGCAUCACAGAGUGUUAUGCAUUACUGCGAAAACAACACCAACACCAGAAUGUCAACAAAAAUCAAAAGACAAAGGAGACAAUCAACUACAUUCUGUCCUGCAUUGUUCUUUGCCUUUCAAAACCUAAAUCCAAACAUGCAAAGAGUCACAGCCACCUCUCUGACCUCCUGUUAGCAACUCUGCAAGAUGUCGGACUUGGGUACCAUGUCCCUGACCCAUAUUACCUGGCUCUGCUGUUGUUCUGGCCAAGUCCAAACAACAAAAAGGACAAUACUGACAUCUUAACUUAUGUCAAAGCGAUUCGAAAGUCCUCCCACAAGCGCCUCAGGCCAUUGCUCCGAAAUAGAAGCACUAUUGCCUACCUUUACCUGGGAAGAGAAAACGGACUCAAGAGGCUUGUCUCAAAGCCCCAACUUGACAAGAAUUUUAAGAUGGACCGUAAAGAGUUGGCACGGCUCUGGCAGAAUGGAGACAUCUUUAAAGAAAAAGCAAUCACUAACAGUCUUCAGCGAGUCAGAGGAACCAUUGAACUGGAGGAGGUGUUUGCCUGUUAUGGAAAACUGAAAAUCCCUGUGCGCCCAGCUUAUGCCAGACACGUUUGUGGUGGUCACAGCACAGAAAGAGUCUCCUUCUAUCUUGGUUUUGCAAUCAAUGGACCUUUUGCUUAUGAUAUCCAGUUUGAAAACUAG